AUAUACAAAGGUAUGACUACAGUGAAUCCCAAGAUGGCAAGUCAUACUGUGAUGCUAAAAUUGCUCAUAUGAGAGCAAGGCUGAGGAAAUAUGCAAGCAAUGGGGGUAACAUAUCAUGUUCAGAAGACAUGAAAAAAGCCUUGGAUUACGGAGAUGGUGUGCCAGGAUGUCACAUUGCCCAUGUUGAGAUUCCUCAACCAGCUGAUCAAUUCACACUUCAGCGAAAAAUAAAGGGGAUCACAAAGAUUUCUAAUGUACAAUUUGAAGAUUAUGGUCAAAUAAAAUAUUGGAGAAACUACAACGUCGGUGUUGGUCACAUUUUGUCAAUUACACCUAUUAACCUAGAGUCAACCUUAAAUAUAUUUUCAGACUUUAAAGUUCCUUGUAAAGACACUGGAAAUAUAUUAGCUGCUCGAGAAAAACAAACCUCUGAGGAAACUCAGUCUGAUGUUAAUCUGACAUGUCCUGAACCAAAUUGCAAUACAGUAUUGCAUUCUUAUUCCGAACUGAAUGACCACUGCUUUAUUGGUAUCCAUCACUACCUGUCAACAUUUGAUGGUAUCAAAAUGAAAUGGCGUGACAUUUGUUUGGAUAUUGAUUCUACCUCAUCAAAAACCAAACAAAGCACCCUUUCAUCCAGCAUAAGUGAAUUGUCCCUUGGAUGGGCACUGAAAAAGGACAGAAAAAAUGCUCGGUUUUCAGAAAAGGUAAAAGUUUACCUUAAAGGUGUGUUUGAUGAGGGCGAAAGCAGUGGCAACAAAGCCAACCCGGUUAAUGUUUCCAGGAACUUGAAAGUUUGCCAUGAUUGUGAUGGAAUGAAAAUGUUUACACCAAAGGACUACUUACAACCCAGUCAAAUUAUUUCCUAUUUUUCAAGACUGGCAGUGCUGUCCAGAGCUCCAGCAACAAAUGUAGUUGAAGACGAUAUUGACAGUACCAUAGCAAUAAUUAAUCAAGCAGAAGCACUGGAAGAACUUGUGAAUCUUAAUAUUUUUGUUUGAGAGUGACUUGCUGUUAAUUCAGAAAUUAUUGCUUGCAUUUAUUAUUCUGAUAUCAUUCCAAAAUG